AUGCAUCUAUCAAUUAUUGAUGGUCUUUCAUAUCUGCACAAUUCGGCAAAAAUCCUUCAUGGAAAUCUUACACCUGCAUCGAUUUUUGUCACAACCAGUAGGCUAUGGAAAAUUGGCGGAUUCUCCUUUGCUGUUGCGGCUAAAGAACCUGUAGUUGUUAAGGAUUGUUAUCCAUGUUUUCCAUGGACAAAAAAACUACCUCCGAUUCUGCAACCAGAUCUGGAUUUUCUCGCUCCUGAAUAUUUAGCACCAAAUCAGCAGACGGUCUCAUCUUCUGCUGAUGUUUUUUCGUUAGGAGUGUUGAUUUGCUGGAUCUAUGCUGGUGGAAAACGUUUGAUAGAUGCGAAGAACAACCUAGAAACCCAUGCCAUCAUCUGCGGACAGUUGAAUGAGGCCCUCAAUUGCAUCUCUGAGGAGUUAGGUGCGAAUCUUCGAGAGUCAAUGGGUAAAGUGUUAAGCCUGGAUGUUGAAAUACGGCCUACGGUUCAAUUGCUAGCACUGAUCAAGCAUUUUGAUGAUCCAGCAUUAUCAGCUCUUCGACAACUUGACGACAUUACGCAAGUAUUCGAUCCCUCACAGAAAGCCCAUUUCUUGGGACAAACACUGUUGUCUGCUCUACCGGUGAUACCUGAGAAUCUCUGGUUUUCUCGAGUUCUACCACGCUUCAACGAACAACUGUUUGACUCGCAUGAAUUGUUCUCAGCCCUGGCCAAACCAUUAUUCUUUAUGCUGGAUCAUUGCGAAAGCCAUAACAUUCAUAAGUUGAAGAUAUGGAUGAGAAAGUUGUUGGAUCACACCACGCAGAAAUCGGUGAGUUGA